CUCAAAGAAAACAAACUCUUACAUAAAUAAUACAAACAAAUAAGUUGAAUACACAAACGAAAGCAAACAGGAUGUGGCGCAUUUCAAAGCCACGUCUCAGGAACUUUUACGUCGAGAAUGGUGUGGCAUACACCGAGGAUCGAAAAGCAGUGCGACGGGUGAAAAUCUCUGCGAACUCGCGACUCACAACGCAGCGUCUUGUAAGGCAUUUCUCGAGUUUCGGAUCUGUACAGGAGAUCCAGUGGGAUGUGGUUGAGCUGCGCGGAUCGGUGCUCUUUGAAGAGGCCACCCAAGCAUCCAAAGCUUUGUACUGCCUGAAACACAAUCUGGAUGGCAAUGAGUUGUUCUUGCAGGCCAGUAGCACCUGGGAUCAACCGCCGGAGAAAGAGGAACCGGGCAUGGUGAGUGCUGACUAUCUGCCCAUCGUCGACGACGUUUGGCGUAAGGUGCUCGACUAUCUGCCUCUGGAUUCUCGUCUCAACUUUGCCUCCAGUUGCCAGAGGUAGGCGAUUUACGAACUAGAAUCGCAGCGUACGUGUCAUGUUAUCCAUAUGGAGGAGGUCUGCCAGUUGACGGAAUGGAACAUCAAGCAAUUGAUGCGCCUUUCCGGAGAGCACGUUCAUCGCUUGGAAGGUGGCCCACUGCACCCGCGUUGGCCGCAUUUCAAAUUAUUUGUCCAGCUCCUAGGCGUGAGCUGCCCGAAUCUGACCGAGCUUUCUUUCUAUCGCAUUCCAAUUACCCCCCCGCAAAUGAGUGCCCUUUUCAAAGGUCGCAAUGGCUUGCAUAAAAUCACCGAUCUCUCUCUACGCCGUUGCGACCUUAUAGAUCGGGAUCUUAUCGACUUGCAAUCGCUCACAGAGCUAAAAGUUUUAGAUCUCCGAGAGAAUCAGGGUUUUCAGGGAAAUACCUUGGGGGAUCUGCCAGUUUCAGUGGAGGUCUUAAACCUGUCGGGCUGCGAAAACCUAGAGCCCUCCCGUCUUCGCUAUCUAGGAGCUCUGCCCCUUCUCCGCGAGCUGCGCUGCCCGCAGAUUCGGCAGCGCAACUUCAAUCUCGAGUGGAUGGAUGAGUUUGUAGAUGAUUUCCAGGCCACGGAUGAGCAUGUCUACCGCGAUCUGGUUGAGAGCUGUCCGCUGCUGGAGGUGCUCGAGGUUACGGUGUGUCCGUACAUGGACGAGCCGCAGCUGGGCGGGCUGUCCCGUCUGCGCACCUUGGUCCUUCGCGCCGUGCCCUUGGAGCCCGCACCCUACCAGGUGAACAACUCGCUGCUGUUAGCCCUCGUGGAAUUGGAUUCACUGCGGCAUCUCGAGUUCCGGCAGGCUGGACCUAGUUUCGUGGAUGCGCGCGGGUUGACGAUCAUUACCCAGCUCAAGGAACUGCGAACUUUGAUUUUACGCAAUCAGGACUUUGAGGCGAAUGAACUGAGGCAGUUGCGAAAGCUUAACGCCUUGGAGCUGCUGGACCUCAGCGAUUCGCCACAUCUCUCCGACGAGAUCGUCGUCGAGUUGGCCAAAACGCUUUGCGGGCUGCGUCAGUUAAAAGUUAAGCGAUGUCCGCUCAUCUCAAGGCGGUUAACAACGAUCCUGAAGGAGAAGACCAUGCUUAAAGUAGACCUUUAGAGUUCGACCUUGU